AGAAUGAAAGUGGGAGGUUUAGGCAACAUAUCUUUAUUGGGCUCCAAAAUAGCUAUUCUGGCAAGGCCCAAUUAUGGAUCCAACGUUCCCCAGUAAGUCAGUAACACUAACAACACAGAGAGAGAAAUUACGAUUGUUUAUGGAAGGAAAGGAAGUUUCACAUCCCGAAUCAUCAUCUUCUUCAUCUAACAAUUUCUCUCUCUGCAUAAUGAAUAUUGGUUAGUUAGUUAGUUACUCUAUUUCUUGUUGAAGAUAACUCUCCUCAAUUCUAACAGAAUGGGAUCCAUUUCAACUCCUCACAAUCACGUUAAUGGAUCCGAUGAAGAUAGUAACAAUAAUAAUAAUAAGUGGUCAAUUGAUUUCGGUAAACCAGAGGCAGUUGAAUACGUUCGCACUCUCACCGAUGUUGGAGCUAUGACUCGUCUUCUCCAUGAAUGCAUUGCUCAUCAGAGAUCACUCGAUAUGCAACUUGACGAUCUCUUAUCUCAGCGCACUGAUCUUGACCGCCAUCUCCUCCAACUUCAACGUUCUUCCGAUGUUCUCGAAAUUGUUAAGUCUGAUUCCGAUUACAUGCUAUCCAAUGUCACUUCCACUUCUCAUCUCGCCGAUCAAGUCAGUCUCAAGGUUCGUGAACUUGAUCUCGCACAGUCUCGUGUUCGUUCUACUCUUCAUCGCAUUGACGCCAUUGUUGAGCGUGGUAAUUGUCUUGACGGUGUUCUCCGUGCGUUAGAAACUGAAGAUUAUGAGUCUGCUUCAAGGUAUGUUCAGACAUUCCUUCAGAUCGAUGCGCAGUUUAAGGAUUCCGGCUCCGAUCAGAUCCAGACUCAGAGGGAGCGUUUGCUUGAUGUCAAGAAACAGCUUGAAGGGAUUGUGAGGAAGAAACUUUCUUCUGCAGUGGAUCAACGCGAUCAUCCUGUUAUUCUUAGGUUUGUUCGUCUAUAUACUCCGCUUGGUCUUGAGGAGGAGGGUUUGCAGGUGUAUGUUGGAUAUUUGAAGAAAGUCAUUGGGAUGAGAUCCAGGAUGGAAUUUGAGCAAUUGGUGGAAUCUAUAUCCAUGUCUAAUGAACAAAGGACUGUCAAUUUUGUUGCCUGUUUAACCUCUUUGUUUAAGGACAUUGUGUUGGCUAUUGAAGAAAACAGCGACAUUUUGAGUGGUUUAUGUGGUGAGGAUGGGAUUGUCUAUGCAAUCUGUGAGCUUCAGGAGGAAUGUGAUUCAAGGGGUUCUGUUAUAUUGAACAAGUACAUGGAGUAUAGAAAGUUGGCUCAGUUAUCAUCCGAGAUAAAUGCUCGAAAUAACAAUUUGCUUGCUGUUGGAGGAGUUUCUGAGGGACCUGAUCCAAGAGAGGUUGAGUUGUACUUGGAAGAGAUUCUCUCGCUUAUGCAGCUGGGUGAGGAUUAUACUGAAUUCAUGAUUUCUAAGAUCAAAGGUCUCACUUCUGUUGACCCUGAAUUGCUCCCUCGUGCUACCAAGGCUUUUAGGAGUGGUAGCUUCAGCAAAGUUGCGCAGGAUUUGACUGGGUUUUACGUUAUUCUUGAGGGAUUUUUCAUGGUUGAGAAUGUUAGGAAGGCUAUAAGGAUUGAUGAACAUGACCCUGAUAGCCUUACCACUUCUAUGGUGGAUGAUGUAUUCUAUGUCUUGCAGAGUUGCUUGCGAAGGGCUAUAUCCACUUCCAAUAUCAGUUCUGUUGUCGCAGUCUUGAGCGGUGCUAGUAGUUUGCUGAGCAAUGAAUAUCAUGAAGCAUUACAACAAAAAGUUAGAGAGCCAAACCUUGGUGCAAAGUUGUUCUUUGGCGGUGUUGGGGUGCAAAAGACCGGGACAGAUAUUGCAGCAGCUUUAAAUAAUAUGGAUGUUAGUAGUGAAUAUGUUCUCAAGUUGAAACAUGAAAUCGAAGAGCAGUGUGCUGAGGUGUUUCCUGCACCAGCUGAUCGCGAAAAGGUAAAAUCUUGUUUGUCUGAGUUGGGAGAUAGCAGCAAUGCUUUCAAGCAAGCUUUGAAUUCCGGAAUAGAACAACUCGUAGCAACCAUUACACCACGGAUACGGCCUCUAUUAGACAGCGUUGGAACAAUCAGCUACGAGCUUUCGGAGGCUGAGUAUGCAGAUAAUGAGGUGAAUGACCCAUGGGUUCAGAGACUUCUUCAUGCUGUGGAGACAAAUGUAGCUUGGCUGCAGCCACUAAUGACCGCUAACAAUUAUGAUACUUUUGUUCAUUUGGUUAUUGACUUCCUCGUGAAAAGGCUUGAAGUCAUUAUGAUGCAAAAAAGAUUUAGUCAGCUUGGUGGUCUUCAGCUUGACAGAGAUGCUCGAGCUCUAGUUAGUCAUUUCAGCAUCAUGACACAGAGGACUGUUAGAGACAAGUUUGCACGUCUUACUCAAAUGGCAACAAUUCUAAAUUUAGAAAAGGUCUCUGAAAUUCUAGAUUUCUGGGGCGAGAACUCUGGGCCUAUGACUUGGAGAUUAACUCCAGCUGAGGUUAGGCGUGUAUUGGGUCUGCGAGUUGAUUUUAAACCAGAAGCAAUAGCUGCUCUGAAGUUGUAAUAUCAUCUAUAUGGUCUCUUCACAUUUUUUUAAAUAUUCUUUUUUUUCCAGUUUUCAUCUUAAUAUGUAUUACAUCUUGAUAUGUUAUUAGUUUUAGUGUUUGAGAAA